AUGAGCCACUUCCUUACGGCUUUCAUAACGGGACACGGAUACUUUAACGCGUACUUUCACAAGCAAGGUCACGCCAGCUCAAACCUCUGCGACUCCUGUGGGGUCCCCGAAGAUCCAGACCAUGUUAUAUAUGACUGCAUCCGGUUGGAAAAGGUCCGGCAAGAACUGCUAUCCACCUGCAACUCCCUUCACCUUCUGUGGCCUGUGCCAAAGUACCAACUGGUUGACGACGGUAGACUCUACCCAAACUUUGAAACCAUGGUAAAGAUACACCAUAAGUUCAAAAAGGUUACCUGAGGUUUUCAACAUGCUGCAGUGCCAUCUACACACAACAGAUCCCUGUAAUCAACUACUCCGGUAUCGUGGACGUACAAGUGUCGCACUUUACUUUACUUUAUUAUAUCCUAUGUUCAUCUUAUUAAUAUAUUGUAUUGUAUUGUAUUCAUAUCUUAUUCUAUGUAUUUUAUUUGCUAUAUUUUGUAUUUUCUCUAGAUGCAAUGUAUGUAUUGAUAGUCUGUAAAAACCCUGCAAAGCUAUGCAAAGCGGGGUGAUAAUAAAAUGGAACUGUCGACCCAGUAGGGCUAAGAUAGCCCGACCUGGAAGACUAGUUCCGACAAAAUUGAAAAAAAAAAAAUUGUCCCUAUCUACUAUGAGGGCGCUAAACGGCUUAGUCAAUGGAUGCAGGAGAAUUUUGCUCUGUAUUCGAAUUGAGUUUUUGCUGAAAUUUUUACUUUAAGCUCUAAGUGUUAUAUAUUUCUGGAUAGCAUUUUCCAUGUGGAUUAAGAAUCUGUUAAGUUUUUUAACGUACGACAAUUUUUCGCGUAGUUAUUAGUUUUUGAAAACUGAAUACUUUUAAAAUUUUCAACAUUCUUCUACGACUGUCGCCAUAGUAACGGUCCAUAGAAGAUUCCAGAAUUUUUACCGGAAGUCUGAUGGCUAUUGAAGAAUUUCUGGAGGAAUCUGAGGAAGCCAUUGAGGAUUUAAAGAGAUAUUUCCGUAAUAACCCAAAAGGGCGAUUGGGUACCGAGGAACAUAUUAGAUUUAUUACAGAUAAAUUUAUUACCUUAGUGAAGAGCGCCGAAGAGGUAAUUAGGAAAAAUUCCAUAUCAGAUUUCCUGCUUCAGAAAUUUGAUUUGUUGGCAACGAAAGAGGAUGUCAAACAGCUGCUUGUUGCUCAGAGUGACAAAAAUUUAGAGGCUAUUCAGGAAGUGAAACAGACUAUUUGUGACUUAGAAAAACCUCCACUUUUAGGGGUGGAAGGUUCUCAAGGGACUACUGCUCUGUCAUAUAGAGAUAUUUUACAACGCGAUCUUAAUUCUUUGAAGAAUACACAGUCUGAAAAGGAGUCCUCGUUACCAACAUACACUGUUCUAGUUUACAAUGAUAAUAAAGAGAGCACAUCGGAAGAGACUAAGACACUGCUCACUAAUUCUUUUGAUCAAAGAUUGCAUAAGGUGCCUGUCAAGCGUAUUCGUAAGAUUAACAAGGGUGGAAUUGCUGUUGAUUUUCCUAUCAGAGAGGAGGCUGAAUACUUUCAGGAACAAUUAGACAAAAUAGAAGGAUUAAAGGCACGAAACGCAAGACGGCGUCUUCCUCUUAUGAAAGUGACUUCAGUCCCGAACUCAGUUACCAAAGAGGACCUACUAGAAUACCUGCUUGAACAGAAUAUUUUUUCACAGAAGUACACGAUGGAGGAGUUUAAAAAGGUUUUAAACAUUCGAUUUUCAAUCAAACAGAGAAAUGACGAGUUUUUAUCGUGGGUAUUAGAGAUGUCACCGGAGGUUAGGGCAAUGACUAAAAAACAAGGAUAUCUUUAUGUUCAGUGGAAAACGUGCAAUGUUUAUGAUUUUUUCCCUGUACAAAGUGCUACAAAUGUCUUGCUUUUGGACAUUUGGCAGCAAGUUGCCCAUCACCGAAGAAAGUUUGUAGCCAUUGUGGUGAUGAUCAUUUGUUUAAGACAUGUACAAAGAAAAGUGAAAAGCCUAAAUGUGCUAAUUGUUUGA